AUGUGUGUGAAGUGUUCUAGUAAGGAACAGUCACCGCCGCUAAAUGAACUAAUUAAACGGAUAUUCUGCCUCUCUCUCUGCCUCUCUGUGCGAUUGAUUAUACGAUGUCAAUUCUGUCAACCACCCACAGCUUCUUGUUUUAAUGACAAUUCACGGCUAUCGGAAAAUAGAAAUUGGAAAAAAUUGAAAAAUAUCUCACUUUUCUACACUCCUUUCCACGCGGGUUUCUUAGACCAGCCAAUGAUAUCAGAGAAAACAGGACGUUUUAUUCCACGUUUAUUCUCAUUGUAUCUUUCUUAUCAGAAAAGAGAGAGAAAUUUUUCAAUUUUUCUUGCUUUUCGCAGUGAAAAAGUCACUCAAAUGGGAAUACUUAUCUGUUUGUGCGCAGAGCCGUCCGUACCAACCUCUUUCAAUUUUCAUCUGACAAAACUCGGAAAAAUAAAAACAACGCAAAUGCGGAAAUUACCCGUUUGGGUAUUUUGA